AUGCUCAGAGCUGUGUCAGGGGCCUUUAGGGGUCUUCGUAACUCCUCCAUGCCUCUGUCAGCAAGAAUGAGCAGCAAUAGUGCAGACAGGAGCUGCGCCCUGGCUGAGAAAGUGGCUGUGAUCACUGGGUCCACAAAGGGGAUCGGCUUCGCCAUCGCGUGGCGCCUGGCCCAGGACGGGGCCCAUGUGGUCAUCAGCAGCCGGAAGCAGCAGAACGUGGACCGGGCAGUAGCCACGCUACAGGGGGAGGGGCUGAGCGUGACGGGCACUGUGUGCCACGUUGGGAAGGCUGAGGACCAGGAGCGGCUGGUGGCCACUGCCCUGGAGCAUUGUGGGGGCGUCGACUUCCUGGUAUGAGUGGCAGGGUUCAACCCUUUGGUGGGGAGCACUCUGGGGGCCAGUGAACAGGUGUGGGACAAGAUCCUGGACAUGAAUGUGAAGUCCCCGGCCCUGCUGCUGAGCCAGCUGCUGCCCCACAUGAAGAACAGGGGGUGCUCUGUGGUUCUGGUCUCAUCUAUGGUGGCCUAUAUGCCAAUACCAAAGCUGGGAGUCUACAACACCAGCAAAACAGCACUGUUGGGUCUCUGUAAGUCUCUAGUAGAGCUGGCUCCAAAAGGCAUCCGAGUGAACUGCUUGGUGCCAGGAAUAAUCAAGACUGAAUUUGUCCAAGUGGUGAGGAUCACAGUGUUUGGGGAACCCGAAGAGUGUGCAGGGAUUGUGGCCUUCCUGUGCUCACCAGAUGCCAGCUACAUCACCGGCGAGAACAUCAUAGUAGCUGGCUACUCUCCUAAGCUGUGA